GUCGUCUAACAGGUAUGUAGAGAUGUUGACUGUGUUAUGGAUAGCAUGUGGUAGCUUAUGUUAGCGAUUCCUUGCAGAACGGCACGUUAAGAGAAACCUUGUGACUGACAUUUGGUUGGCGUCGCCCCUCUACAGGCGAAAGCUUGAGUGAGCUGGAAUUGAGCUCGGGUAUCCGUUGCGAAUAUUUUGGGGGUUGGCUGUGUGUGUACCAUAUAAACUGAACAAGUUGUCCCUCGCACAUUUGCACGAUUACCUGACCCACGGAGUCACGAGAUCGGAUGUGUACGAUUGUUGCACGAGCCGCAGCCGUCCCGACAUUCAUCUGUUGUUGCUUAUCAGGGGUGGGGAGAUUAUUCAUGAUUGGCCGUGCCUCUACCAACGAGUAGUUUUUACGUUUUGGAGCUACCUGAGUUAUCCGGAGGCGCUGUUGCUUUACCAUAUAUAAUUGUUAAUUUUCUUUUGUUUCAUUUGAAUUGUUGGUUACGUUUGCUGUUUAUUUUAUUUUAUUAUUUUUGUUUUGCUUUUAUUCUUACCUUACCUGGUUGGCAUUACUGUUUUUAUGGUUUUGCUUUCUUAUGGUUAAAUUCUGUAGUGGCAUAUUCCAUUUAAUUUGAUUCUAUCAUAUUGUUUCCUUCAUAUUUGUAUUUUUUUGUAUUUUGUGAAACUGCAUUGUGGUGGGCAAGUAGAGCGCCUACUGCUAUAUCUCACUGUAGUGCUCCGUACCCGUAGGGUGCCUGUACCCUCGAAGUUUGUGCCAAACCUGUCUCUAUUUUAUCCCUUCACAGGGGCUGAGGGCCGAAGGCGGGCCGAGCUUGGUGUGGUGGUGUUCUCCACUAGUGCUGUGAUGUGUGUGUGUGUGCGCGUGAGCGUGUGUACCCCGGUGUAACCAGUGUGAGGUGUGGUGUGACCUAGUGUGUCCCUAAACCCCGCUGUCGGAUCUCAGCUCCUGUUCUUUCUUUGGCCUAUUUUGAGGGGCUUGUUGUCUCAGGUUGCUUCGGGUGGUACUCUUCCAUCAUAGUCUUUUCUUUGUUUAUAUUUUAUAUUUCUUUAUUUCCAAGUGAUUGUGUGUCCGAAUCUUUUUAAUAAAAGUAUAUAUAUAUUUCUACGCUCACGUCUCCUGCCGCUUCCUGAAGUGAACCUGUGUGCUUUAAAUUAUAAGAAGCUUUAUUUUGGUCCCUGGCAAGUAUCCAGGGUGGCGUAGUCGCUCCCUUUUUUUUGUCGAUUGGCGUCAGGUCACACAAAGUUACUAGUUUCAACAAAAUCUAGAUCACAUACUUGUUGAGAGAAAGAGAGGGUAUGUGUGUUUUUGUUAGUUUUUCCCCCUCAUUUGUCUGUCAAGUAUUCACAGAGGAGAUGGGUUUUAAGUAGUUUUUGAAUGUUGUGAGAGAUGUGGUUGACCGGACUGUGUUAAGAAAAAUGUUCUACCAGGAAGGAGAUAUUUUGGAGAAUGAGCGGAAAAGGCUGUUAGUCCUGUUCAACACAAAUAAUUGUGUGGGGGUGGAGCACCUGUAUCCUCUAAAUGAUGUUGCAUGCCUCAACACGGCCCCUGUACUAUACAACUCACUGACGUCCAUACCUGCAACCUCUAGGUGUGUCCUAUUUGUAGAUCGUGUUUCUGCUUCUGUCACAACAGAGUUUCUGAGGAUGGAGAGCAGCAGGAGCGCAUGUGUGAAUUCAAAUGACUGUUACCCAUCCAUCAAACCCCCACACCGGGCGGCUCUGAUUCUGGCCCGGGGCGGCAGUAAAGGAAUCCCAUUGAAAAACAUCAAAGUUUUGGCAGGAGUUCCUCUUAUCGGAUGGGUGAUAAGAGCUGCUUUGGAGUCAGACGUCAUUGACAGUGUGUGGGUGUCUACUGAUCACGACGAGAUUGAACGGGUUGCUCGCAUCUGGGGCGCAAAUGUUCAGCGGCGUAGUCCGGAAGUGUCCAAAGACUGCUCCAGCUCCCUGGAGACCAUCCAAGAGUUCAUCCAUCAAAGACCUGAGGUGGACAUCGUGUGUCACAUUCAGGCGACCUCUCCAUGCCUGCAACCGUAUCACAUCAGAGAAGCCCUGCAGAUGAUCACCCAACAGGGUUAUGACUUUGUUGUCUCAGUAGUGCGCCGACACCAGUUUCGCUGGCAGGAGGUGAACCAGAAAGGUGGCGAGUUCACACGUCCUCUGAACAUUGACGUAGCGCACAGACCAAGACGUCAAGACUGGCCCGGAGAGCUCUAUGAAAACGGUUCUUUCUACUUUACCAAGAAAGAAAUAUGGAAAGAUGGCUUGACGCAGUUGGGUAAUGUCGGCUACUAUGAGAUGCUGCCUGAACACAGUGUUGAUAUUGAUGUGGAUAUAGAUUGGAUGGUGGCUGAGCAGAGAGUGUUGAGGUUUGGAUAUUUUGGCCAAAAGAAGAACGCACGGAUCAGACUGCUUCUGUGCAGAGUGUCUGGCUGUCUUGCCAACGGUCAAAUAUUUGUGUCAGUCUCAGGACAUGAGUUUGUUGCUAUCAAUGGAAAAGACCUGGCUGGGAUACGAAUGCUACAGGAGGAGGAUAUAGAGGUGAUUCUUGUAUCUGGUAUGAAUGAACCAAUGCCAGAGGCUCUGCUGAGGACCGUUUCCAAGCAGGCAGGCUGUGACAUCGAACUCAGAGUCGAGAAGAAUAAUGUUGCAAUUGAACGUUUGUUGAAGGAGAAGAAUCUGCACAAGGAAGAGGUGGCUUUCAUGGGUGCAGAAUGUGAGGACGUGGAGAUCAUGUCGCAGGUUGGCCUGAAUGCCGUAGCUCCUGAUGCGCCUGCAUCACAUCUCAUCUCAACUGACUACACCUGUCAAAGACCCGCGGGCAAAGGGGCAGUUUUUGAGUUUGCUCAGUACAUCCUGCUGCUGAAGAAAAUGUUAAAGUCGCCAAUCAACUAUGAUCGCAUUGACAGAAACAACUUCUAAACAUACUUUGUCUUUAUUUUUUCUGGUGUUUCAACACUUUAACCUCAUGCAAAAACAGUAAUAACAACACUAACAAUAGAUAAAUCAUUUUAAAGUAUUCGUAUAUUUAUAAUAAUAAAGUAAUUAGCUGUCAAAUGUUUCUUGAGAAUGUCUAUAACUGUGUAUUGAUAUUUAACUAUGUUCAAAAUCUAUAAUAAAUCUUGGGCUCGUUUCAACCGGGUUUCAAUUUUCUUAUGCUAUUGUAAACUGUGAAAAGAACUUCAAUAAAGGAUCAAACAACCAGGUUCUA